GCCACAGAAAACGGCAGUGAUUUCCCCUGCCAAGCUAGCAUCGUGGGGUUUCUUGGCGAUCCCACCCGAACCCUGGCUCAUCGGCGGGCCUAAUACUACAAUGGAAGCUGUGUCUCUGGGUGGUUAUCAUCAUUGCAUGCAUGGGGCACGCGAAGGGCCCAGCCCAACCCUGGCAAAAUACGCGUGAUUCCGAGCUUCAGUUGCGUCGUUGCUUUCCGUGGUUCCCCUGUCUCUGGUCGUACUGUAGACGGACGGGGUCCUCUGCCAGCCGGGUACAAGAUGAUCAUGGCUGUCCCGCCCAUCUAAUGAAAAUCAUAAAAGGAGUCGUGGUUCCUCCUCUCCACGAGACCUCUGUUUCCCUCACCUUCUCGUUCAGGCCAUCUUUGGUGUGUUCAGUUUCGUUGAGCGGGCCGCCUGGUAGUCAUCAUCAUGGUUCGCAGUAGUUUUGUGCUGUCCCUGCUCGCCAGCGCGGGAGGUCUUCUCUCGGCUGAGGCUAAGAAACACCCAAAGGCGAAGCAUCUCACCGGUAGCUACGUGGUUGAGUUUGUGGAUUCUCAGGAUGCAUCCGAGUUCUACUCACGCGUGAGCCCAAAGGCCGAGAUGCGCAAGACCUUCGACUCUUCUAUUUUCAAGGGCGCAUCAAUUCAGUUCCACGAUACCGAAACCGCCGAAGAUGAGGCUGCAGCCCUCGAAGGUCUAGCUAGUGUCAAGCGUGUAUGGCCCAAUCGACUAUACGAUCUCCCCAAGGACGACGUUAUAUGGACGGGUAAGAACAAGGAUGCGAGCAUUGCUCACAGCGCUGUCAAGAGACAAACGGCCAAUGACGCUUUCUCUCCUCAUAUAAUGACCCAGGUGGACAAGCUGCGAGCCAAGGGCAUUAUUGGCAAAGGUAUCAAGAUCGGCGUCAUUGAUACUGGAAUUGACUAUCAGCACCCGGCUCUUGGAGGAUGCUUCGGACCGGGCUGCUUGGUCUCUUAUGGCUACGACCUUGUUGGUGACGACUACACUGGCUCCAACACCCCUGUUCCCGAUAACGAUCCCUGGGAUGGUUGCGCCGGUCACGGUAGCCAUGUCAGUGGCAUCAUUGCCGCGCAGGCCAAUGAAUACGGUUUCACUGGCGCUGCUCCUGGUGUCACCCUUGGCGCUUAUCGCGUCUUUGGCUGCACGGGAAGCGCUGCCAAUGAUGUCCUGAUUGAAGCUUACCUGAGAGCUUUCGAAGACGGCUCCAACAUCAUCACGGCCUCUAUCGGUGGUCCUUCCGGCUGGAGCGAGGACCCCUGGGCUGUUGUUGUCUCGCGAAUCGUUGAGGCUGGUGUCCCUUGCACUGUGUCUGCCGGAAAUGAUGGCCAGUACGGUCUGUUCUACGCCAGCACGGCGUCGAACGGCAAGCGGGUCACCUCUGUUGCUUCUGUUGACAACGUGGUCACACCCAUCCUACUGAUCGAUUCGUCUUUCAAAGUUGACAGUGGCGAGGCGGAGACGUUCGGUUACGUUGUGGGUGAUCCAUUUGCCUGGGCAAAUGUCAGCCUCCCUCUCUGGGCUCCAAGCUUGGAUAUCACCGACCCAGCUACUGGUUGUAACGCAUACCCUGCCGAUACUCCAGACCUCUCUGAUAAAAUUGUCCUUAUCCGUCGCGGUACUUGCACCUUCGUUCAGAAAGCCCAGAACGCCGCCGCGCAUGGUGCUAAGUACAUAAUGUUUUACAACAAUGUUGGCGGCGCCACUGGUCCUUCCGUAACGGAUGUCUCACAGAUUCUUGCUGUCGGCAUGACUACUCGGGCCACAGGUGAAGCAUGGGUAGCGAGCCUAGCUGCCGGCUCCAAAGUCGUUCUCACCAUGACGGAUCCAGAAACCGCCCCCGUCUCCCUAAUUACUUCCGACAAUACUGUUACCGGAGGUGCUGCCAGCUCUUUCACUACAUGGAACCCGACCUACGAGAUGGACGUCAAGCCCCAAGUGGCGUCGCCCGGCGGUAACAUUCUGUCGACUUGGCCGCAGCCCCUUGGUUCUUACGCUGUCAUCUCAGGUACCUCUAUGGCUUGCCCCCUCGUUGCCGGUAUCUACGCCCUUAUUGCCGAUGUUCGCGGCACAUUUGAUCCUGCUACCCUAGAGGCACUAGUCGCUUCAACGGCGAACCCCAGGUUUUAUAACGCGGGUACCGGAAAUGCCAACGUCUUCGCUCCCGUGGCACAAGUCGGAGCUGGUUUGGUUCAGGCCUAUGACGCUGCCUACGCCACAACAUUGCUCAGCAAGUCAUACCUUGCGUUCAAUGACACCGAAAACCUCGAUAGGAAACUGUCAUUCACUAUCAAGAACUUGGGCAAGAAGACCGUGACUUAUAAGCUAGGCUCCGUCGGCGCGGCUACGGCAUACACCUUCUCUGACUCCAUCUACCCCGAUCUUUUCCCUGGGCUCGAAGUUACGGACGAGUUCGCCGAGAUUAAGCUACCAUCCUCGGUGACGGUGCGUCCCCAGGGCAGCGCCGUUGUUACCGUGCAAGUGAAGCCCCCGAAGCUAGACGGCGACCGCCUCCCCGUGUACUCGGGUUACAUUACCAUAAACGGCACCAACGGCGAGAACCUCUCGCUGCCGUACAACGGUGCCGUUGGCAGUCUGAAGAGCACGCAAGUCCUGGACACCGGAUACCUGUCUACCUCAGCAGAUCCUGAUCUAAAUCCCCUAACCGGCAACGCGACCUUUGUCCUCUCCAAGAAAGCAAAUGCCAGCUUCGAUGUGCCUGUCGCUGUUGCGCUCAUGGCGUUCGGAUCGCCCCAAAUCAGUGUCAAGCUGCUCCAGGUUAAUAAGAGAGGCACCAAGAACUUGGGCGACAUCUUGGACUCGCCCUACGCCUAUGCCUCCCGUGAUCCAUACCCGAUAGGCUUCGAUGGCCGCCUCGCGGAUGGUUCAUACGUGCCAGCAGGCGAAUACAUGUUCUCGAUUGAGGCGCUGCAUAUCUUCGGCAAGGCCAAGAAGAAGAAGGACUGGGAUGUCGUUGUUUCUGCUCCCUUUACUAUUAGUUAUGUAUAGACACAACUUGGAUGGAUUGGAUUCCCCCGAGAGGUGGUUGAUAUCACAGUAUAUUCAGUUAAUAUGUAUCUAAUAGUAUAAAUAUAUAAGACUUGUUAAAUUACCAUCAGCUGUGCCGAUGAUUCCACCCCGCGAUAUGUCUUUGCACAUAUGGUGGAUGUGCCAUGCAGCAUCUAAUCUUCAAUGACGUCAUCUAUAAGCGCCCGAUGAGAGAACUGGGUUAUGUGCCGCUUGAAGUUGGUUUGCAUGAAAG